CUCGUUUUCUUCACUCCUUUUUCUUUCCAAACAGGGAAAAGUGUUCCGCAAGGCGGCAGCGCCUUUGCGCCGCGUCUUCUUCUCCCCGAGCUGCUGGGAGGGCGCCCGGGAGUGAGAGCGGGCGUGGGGGGGCCCCGCCGGCACAUGGCAGCGCCCAGCCCAGCGCACCCCGAGGCGCCGCGCCCAGCCCACCCAGGUCCGACCUCCGCGCCCGCCGGCCAGAAGCCAGGCAGCGGCUGAGCCGGGAUGUCCCCUCUCGUCCUCCUCUGCCUGGUUUCCUGCUGUGUUGGAACCUGGGGAACUCACACCGAGAUCAAGAGAGUGGCAGAGGAAAAGGUCACCUUGCCCUGUCACCAUCAACUGGGGCUGCCAGAAAAAGACACCCUGGACAUUGAAUGGCUGCUCACGGAUAAUGAAGGCAACCAAAAAGUGGUAAUCACUUAUUCUAGCCGCCAUGUCUACAAUAACUUGACAGAGGAACAGAAGGGCCGAGUGGCCUUUGCUUCCAAUUUCCUAGCAGGAGAUGCUUCCCUGCAGAUUGAGCCUCUGAAGCCCAGUGAUGAGGGACGGUACACCUGCAAAGUGAAGAACUCAGGACGUUAUGUGUGGAGCCAUGUCAUCUUAAAAGUCUUAGUGAGACCAUCAAAGCCCAAGUGUGAGCUGGAAGGAGAGCUGACAGAAGGAAGUGACCUGACCUUGCACUGUGAGUCAUCCUCUGGCACAAAGCCCAUUGUGUAUAACUGGCAGCGGAUCCCGGAGAAGGAGGGAGAAGAUGAACACCUGCCUCCCAAGUCCAAGAUUGACUACAAUCACCCUGGACGCAUCCUGCUGCAGAAUCUCACCAUUGCCUCCUCUGGCCUGUACCAGUGCACAGCAAGCAAUGAGGCUGGGAAGGAGAGCUGUGUGGUGCGUGUGACUGUGCAGUAUGCACAAAGUAUAGGCAUGGUUGCAGGAGCAGUGACAGGCAUGGUGGCAGGAGCUCUACUGAUUUUCCUGUUGGUGUGGCUGCUAAUCCGAAGGAAAGACAAAGCGAGAUAUGAGGAAGAGGAGAGGCCUAAUGAAAUUCGAGAAGAUGCUGAAGCCCCGAAAGCCCGCCUUGUGAAGCCGAGUUCCUCUUCCUCAGGUUCUCGGAGCUCCCGCUCCGGUUCUUCCUCCACUCGCUCCACAGCUAAUAGUGCCUCACGCAGCCAGCGGACACUGUCCACGGAAGCAGCACCCCAGCCAGGGCUGGUCACCCAUGCGUACAGCAUAGUGGGGCCAGCAGUGAGAGGUGCUGAACCAAAGAAAGUCCAUCAUGUUACCCUGACCAAAGGUGAAACCACACCCAGCAUGACCCCCAGCCAGAGCAGAGCCUUCCAAACUGUCUGAACCAGAGUGGACAUGACUCACACACUGUCCAGGGAGUCAGAGUCUUAGGACUCCUAGUUUCUGAAGCUCAGUCACCAGCCACACAACCCUUCUUGACUCAGAAGAGAGGUCACUAAAUAGCAGUGAGCACUGCAUGGAACAGAUACAGAUGAGUACUUUCCUUAUGUGACACCAAACAAGGAAAGCAGUUUAAGCUGAUCAUUUCCAAAAAGGCAAUUCUUUGUGCCUUUAGACCAGAGCUGGGAAGAACAAAGGUCCCAAUCUGCGUACUUGUUGAACAGGACCUAUAUGGUGAGAAAGGUUGGGGGACGAGGGGUGUGAACACAUACUUCUCACCUGAUGUGUUUUGUAUCAAUACUUUGAUUCACAUUGUCGAGAAGAAAUGAGGCGUUGUUCUAAUAUUUUCUAUGCAUUUCUGAAACCCUAUUGGAUUGUUGUAAUUAUUCAGAUAGUCAAGCAGAACCCACAGCCUUAUACUCCUAUCUUCACCAUGUACUGGGCUUACACUUCUGAGAAAUUCGGGAAAAGGAAACAUAUCUCUUCUGUGCUGACUUGACUUCAUUUGUCUUAAAGUUUAGAUAUUAUUUUCAAAGGCAACUAAAAUAGUGGAAGAUGGAGAAGAAUGCUUGAGUUUCUCCCAUUUUAUCCACUGCGAACCUUGUUACUUAUAUUGAACUAUAAAAGAACUUGGGGGUGGGUGGGGAGUUCAAAUGUAUAACAGGAGACUGUGAAAAACUUUCCACUUGAAUGACUUUUUGAGGGUCACUGACAAGAAUCAGAUAUACUGGAGCAACUGCAGAUUCUCCCUCAACUCAGAUGUCUCUAAGAACUUCCCUGCUGGAUUUUUCUCUGGAGCAAGAAAACCUGCACCACAUGUCACUUAGUAACAUCCUUUGGAAGAAUUUUUUUUUUUUUUUUUUUUUUUUACAGAAAAUGAGAUCUUUUAAGGAUUCUGAAAAAUCAUCUAAUACAGCAUUCUGAGGAUAUAGAGAAACAGAAUUUUAAAACUGACUAGACCAGAAAGAGCAAUUAGACUAGUUUUCUUUUACUGUGUCAAGGAGUAGUCUAAGAAAUUUUUAGUAUUGCACCAAACUUGGAGCUUCCUCAUUUCCUUCAGUUUAGGAGAAUGAUGAUGUGAACCUUAAAUCAUCAGAGAUCAGACAUCCCUGAGGUUCCCGGAAGGCAUUCAAAGUAUGCCAUCUUUUUCUCCUAAGCGGUUGAAACAGAACUUCAGUAUUUCCCCCUACUUAGCCUUGUAGGAAGUCUAGUUAUGGAGAGGAAGGAAAGUAAAAGAGUAUUUAAGGAAGAGACGGUGAGAAUAACUUGUAGGUGGCAGGAGAGGGUGGGGUUAGUAUCAGCAUUUGGAGAGAACUGGCAGGAAUGAUUCACUUGGGGAACUAACUAUCAGAAGAAGUGACUCAUGGGAGGUCUCUAAGAAAUAAAAAGAGAGCAGCAGUCUCUAGUACAGUAACUGAUCUUU